CAAAAUGUAGGAGAAUAAAGUGGAGUGGGCUAGAUUUUAUUUAGACUGUCAAUGGCGAUUAUUUGGGCGAUUUAUUUACAGUUAUUUUCAAGUCAUCUUCCAGAGAAGAUUUUGACGGUUUUCUUCGCCGGAGUGGGUCGGUUGCCUCUCUCCCACUACCGAGCAGUUUCUCCCGGCAAAGUAGCGAAAGCUUUGCACGAUGUAGCGGUUGAUUCUAGAUGGGCACAGAUCUAUUUAAGGAUGCGAUUCGGAGUAUCUUCAUCUUCACUUGCAAAUCUGAAUCCUCCAAACUUCUACCCUCUUCGAUACUAUCUCUCCUGGUUUCUAAUGGCCGACAACCUUCGCCGGGCUCUCCAACACAUCAACCUGGGGAUCGAUGAAGCCCCUUUCGCUCUUCCACAAGACAUUGUUCAACAGGCGGCUGCAGAAAACCGAUUCUGCCUAAUCGGGAAACCACUGAUGCCAAGGAAACAGAACCUCCGUCAGAUCAUUGCGACAUUACCCCGUUCAUGGGGAUUGGUUGGUUUUGUCCGUGGAAGGAUUGUGGAACAACGGCGGUUCCUCUUUGUCUUCCCGUCUGAAGAGUCUCUGGACACCGUUCUGCGUCGGGGUCCUUGGUCAUAUGCGGACCGCAUGCUCGUGCUUCAGAGGUGGUCUCCCGAUUUCGAUCCUCUGUCCCUUAAUUUCAUUCCUUUUUGGAUACAAAUUAGGGGCAUUCCACUCCAGUUCAUGAAUCUGGGAGUCAUUGAUAGCAUCGCUAGAUCACUGGGAGACAGAAUGGAGGUUGACUUUGAUCAAGCCACUGCUACUCGGGUUCAAUUCGUCAGAGUACGGGUCAAACUGAAUGUGGAUCAUCCUCUUCGAUUUCAGAGAAACUACCAAUUCUCUCCUGGGGUUAACACAAUCCUGAGUUUCUUCUAUGAGAGAUUGAGAGGCUUCUGCUCUGUUUGUGGCAUGAUGACUCAUGACUCAGGGAAUUGUCUGAUUCAAAAUGGUGGUCCGGGAAAUUCAGAUGGUGAUGACGAUGACGAAGGUGAUCAAGAGAUGCAUGGUAACCCGGGAGUCCACAUAGUGGAACUAGGAGAAGAUGGCCAGCCGAUUGUGGAACCGGAAGAUGAAGGUGAAGCAAACAUUCAGAAUGAACCUGUUGCUGCUGUUGUUGAAGAAGGCGGAGAGCUCUCAGAUAUUGACCCUGACCACAAUGCCUUGGAAGGAGACUGGUCUAAUGAAGAGGAAGUGCUUUUUAACCCUUUUCCUUCUUUUGCUAAUGCAACAGGUGACAUCCUAAGCCCAGCAGAGCUUCUGGAGAGGGAAAUUCGUAAACGCAAGCACUGCCAAGAGAAUGGAGAAUCAAGUAACGCACAAAAGAGGAAGAUUGAAACAGAGAACCAGUCUCCCUUCACCCGUAGAGGACAGAUCAAUGAAUCAGAUGGAAAUCACAAGGAUGAUGAACAUGACAGAGCCGCGGUGGGGCCAGUUCCACCACCAAAACAAGACAAUUAUAUUCGUGAUUUAGGUGUAAGUUUGGGGUUCAAUGGAAUGUGUCUUGUUUCACCUAGAGGUUUAAGUGGUGGCUUAGCUGUUUUGUGGCAAAAGCACCUUUCUGUUCAAGUUAUUUCCCAUGAUGUAAGGCUUGUAGAUCUUCAUGUUGAAUAUAAAUCUUUUAAUUUCUACUUGUCUUGCAUCUAUGGGAAUCCAAUUCCAAGUGAAAGACAUCACCUAUGGGAGAAACUCCAACGAAUUUCGGCUAACAGAACUGGCCCUUGGAUGAUGUGUGGUGACUUUAAUGAAAUUCUCCAACCUCAAGAGAAAAAGGGUGGAAGGAACAGAAGUAUUGGAAGCUGCAGAAACUUCCAUAAUAUGAUACAGUGCUGCAAUAUGAAAGAUUUGAACUUCAAAGGAAAUCCUUACAGUUGGGUUGGGAAAAGACAGAAAGAAACAAUUGAGAGUUGUCUUGACAGAGUCUUCAUCAAUUCGGAUUGGCAAGCAUCGUACCCUGCGUCUGAAACAGAAUUCCUACCAAUUGCAGGGUCUGAUCAUGCUCCUGUAAUAAUCAAUAUUGAAGAAGAGUUUUGUGUGAAAAGAGGACAGUUCCGAUACGAUAAACGUCAUAUAAAGUCUGAAGACUUCGUAGCAUCGGUUACAAGAGGAUGGAAUAAAGGAAAAACAGAUGAAUUUGGUGGUAUUCAACAGAAACUCAGUUCGUGCCGCCGAGAGUUGGCAAGGUCAAUCCAAGAAGGUAAAGCUCUGCUUCAACAAGGGUUAAGAGUGCGUAUAGGAGACGGCAAAACAACCCGUAUUUGGGAAGACCCCUGGUUACCGACACUGCCACCACGGCCUGCAAGUGGCCCAAUUCUUGAUGCUGAAAUGACAGUGGCAGAUCUCUGGAAGGCAAAUAAACGUGAAUGGGAUCCGGUAGUCUUUGAAGGAGUUCUCAAUCCUGAAGAUCAACAACUUGCACGGGAGCUUUAUCUAUCACAAUUUGCGGAGAAGGAUACUUAUGAAUGGGCAUAUACUCAGUCAGCACAAUAUACGGUACGCUCGGGAUAUUGGGUUGCAACCCACUUGCAUUUACCAGAAGAUGAGAUCAUUCAACCACCAAAAGCUGUCUGGCGAUGUGCCAAUAUUGAUAUUAACUACCAUAUAACUCCCCUUGGCGAUUUUGAGGAUAAUCUUCGUAAGGUGAUUGAGAUGGGAAAGAUCCAGUCCUUGCCUCUUUUUAACAAGUUAUUACCAUUCUGGAUAAUGUGGCGAAUUUGGAAAUCAAGGAAUGAUUUUCUCUUCCAAAAGAUUAAUCGAAGACCGGAAUCUACUGCCCAAAAAGGGAUUCAGGAUGUUAAAGAUUGGAUAGGGGCAACUCAAGGACAGGAAGAGGAUGUACGGUCUCUCUCACCAUGUCCGGACCAGCCUAUGAGAAGAAGAACCAGGAACGGACAGUGGUCUCCUCCUCCAACUGGUUGGCUUAAAUGCAACUUUGAUAGUGGUUUUCUACAAGAAAGAUCUUUCACAAAUACGGGUUGGAUAUUCAGAGAUUGUCGUGGCCAAGUAAUUCUCUCCGGAUGUGCAAGAUUACAACCUUCUAUAUCGGCACUUCAAGCUGAAGCUUUUGGAUUCUUACAUGUUCUUCAAGUGGCCUGGUCUUAUGGAUUCCGACAUGUUUGGUUUGAAGGAGAUAACUUGGAGCUCACUAAUCUGAUUAAUAAAGGUGGUGAUCAGCUUAAUCUAGGUACUGUUCUUUACGACAUUCGUGUUUGGACGUCGAAACUACCGUAUUCAUCAUUGGGUCAUGUAACCAGAGAGAAAAAUGCAGUAGCAGACAGGAUUGCUCGUCAAGCCUUGGAAAUUAAUGAGUUGUAUCAUGUUUUCAAUUCACCACCAUCGUGGUUGAUACAUUAUUUGUAUAACUCUUCUGUGAACUAAUAAAGAAAGUUAGAUGUUAAAA